CUGAGUCGUCAAUGAGACUGUGUGUGAUGGAGCUAAACACCGAGGAGACUUGACUCUUGGGGGUUCUGCUGCAGCUGACACCCGCCUUGGUGUUCCGACAUCCAUGUUUGCUCCAGAAGAAAGACCACAGCCGAGAUUUAUUUAUUUAUUUUUAAUUUUUUGUGGGAUGCUUUAGCGUUUACCGGCAUCUGCACGAUGACACCUCCUUCUGGCGCCGCGCUUGAGUGAGCUGGGGUACCUUCUCGCCCAGGAAACAUGCAUAUCUGGGCCCUGCGAGUGCUCCUUGUGAUUGCAUCAUCUCUGAGGCUGGUGGAGAUGUAUGACAAUUACGGGGAGAUCUGCCGCAACCUUUGCACCUGCGAGGAGAAAGAGGGCGUCCUCGCCGUCAGCUGCGAGAACCGCGGCAUCAUCCGGCUGACGGAGAUCAGCCCGGUCCGGUUCCCCGCAUACCACCUCCUGCUGACGGGGAACCUCCUGAAGAAGUUGUCGGCCAACGACUUCAUCAAUUACACCGGAGUGACCAUCCUGCACUUGGGGAACAACGACAUCUCUGAGAUAGAGUCGGGUGCCUUCAACGGACUGCAGGGAUUAAAGAGGCUGCACCUGAACAACAACAAAAUCGACAUUUUGAAGGAUGAUACAUUUGCAGGACUGGAGAGUUUGGAAUAUCUACAAAUUGAUUAUAAUUACAUCAGCAACAUUGAGCCCAGCGCCUUGAGCAAACUGCACCAACUGACGGUGAUGAUCCUCAACGACAACCUGCUCUCCUUCCUGCCCGCGAACAUUUUCCGGUAUGUACCCCUCACGCACUUGGACUUGCGGGGCAACCGGCUGAAAAUGUUCCCGUACGUCGGCCUCCUGGAGCACAUGGACAAAGUCGUGGAAUUACAGCUGGAGGAGAACCCGUGGAAUUGCUCGUGCGAGCUGAUUGCUCUCAAGGCCUGGCUGGAGAGCAUCGCCUACACGGCUCUCGUCGGCGAAGUGGUGUGCGAGACGCCCUUCAGACUCCACGGGAGGGACCUGGACGAGGUGUCCAAGCAGGAACUGUGUCCGCGGAGGCCCCAGGAUGACACGGUGAGGCCCGUGCCCCCCAGCAGCACCAACGGAUAUUACCAGACCACGCCUGCGUCCGUCACUGCUUCUGCCACCUCAUCAGUGGUCUUCCGGUCCUCUUCCAGACCCACCAAGGGCACGCGGCAGUUUAACCGAACUCGCCUAAAGCCCACGUCCCGACUCCCGGGCGGUAGCCCUUACAACUAUGGCCCCAUCAUCGCUUUCCAGACCAAAUCUCCUGUGCCUUUGGACUGCCCCACGGCCUGCACGUGCAAUCUGCAGAUCUCCGAAAUCGGAUUGAACGUCAAUUGCCAAGAGCGAAAGAUUGAAAGCAUCUCUGACCUAAAACCCAAGCCAUACAAUCCGAAAAAAAUGUACCUCACUGGGAAUUACAUCCCCGUGGUACGACGAUCAGAUUUUGUGGACGCCGUUGGAUUGGAUUUGCUCCACCUGGGGAACAACAGGAUAACUGUGAUCCAUGACAGGGCUUUUGGGGAUUUAACCAAUCUGCGUAGGCUGUAUUUAAAUGGUAAUCUCAUGGACAGGCUCACGGGGGACAUGUUUUUUGGGCUGCAGAAUUUACAGUAUCUGUAUUUAGAGUACAAUAAAAUCAAGGAGGUGGAUGCGGGCGCUUUCCGCUUCCUGACCAAUCUCCAGCUGCUUUUUCUCAACAACAACCUUCUAAAAACGUUACCCGUGGGCAUCUUCUCCAGCCUCUCCCUGUCCCGGCUUAAUCUGCGCAACAAUCACUUCCAAAACCUACCUGUGAGCGGGGUUUUGGACCAGCUGAAGCUUUUGCUGCAAAUCGAUCUGGUGGAGAACCCCUGGAACUGCUCCUGCGACAUCGUAGGGAUGAAAAUAUGGCUGGAGCAGCUCAGCGCCGGCACCGUGGUCAACGAGGUCAUGUGCGAGACGCCCAAGCGCCACACGGAAACCGACCUGCGCUCCGUGUCGUCGGAGCAGCUCUGCCCCGACUACUCCGACGCCUAUGUCUCGCCGAGCCUCCCGACCGAGGAGCCCUUGGACGACCGCGCGGUCCCUACGGACGCGUCUCGCAAGUUCACCACGUCCGGCAGCACCGUCCCCCUUUCCGUGCUCAUUCUCAGCCUCCUGCUCGUCUUCAUCAUGUCGGUCUUUGUCGCAGCGGGGUUGUUUGUGGUGGUGAUGAAAAAGCGCAAAAAAUCCCAAAGCGACCGCACCAGCACCAACAACUCCGACGUGAGCUCCUUCAACCUGCAGUACAGCCUUUACAGCAACCGCUCGGGCCCGAAGGUGAAGGCGCCUGCCGGUCACGUCUACGAGUACAUUCCACACCCGAUGGGUCACAUGUGCAAAAACCCCAUAUACAGGUCGAGGGAAGGGAACGCAGUCGAGGAUUACCGAGACCUCCACGAACUCAAGGUCACUUACAGGAGUACCCCUGAUGAGGAGAGGAAUAGCAGUUUGCUGAGGAGCCCCGCGUACAGUAUCAGUACCAUCGAACCAAGGGACAACCCCUCCCCGGUCCAGGACGCGGACCAUUUCUUUCGGGGGAUCCUGGAAACCGAUAAGCAGUCCCCUCAUCAAUCCAUCCCUUCGCUCCCAGUGGGGGCCAAUUUAGAGUACAAGUACACAGGCCCGGUGUCAUACACCUAUAACCCCAAUUUCGAUGUCAGACGUCAAUUCUUGCACCCAGACAGGAUAAGGGAAACCGUGCUUUACGGCACGUCGCCGAGUACUGUUUACGCGGAGCCCAACAGGAACGAAUAUUUGGAGCUCAAAGCGAAACUGCAGUCCGAGCCCGAUUACCUCGAAGUCCUUGAGAAACAAACCACCUUUAGCCAGUUCUGAGCCGCAGCGCUUGGUCCGACGUGAACCCUUCCCCCGUACGACUUUGCGCCUGACACGGACACGCACGGAGGGGGGAAGUUCAAGCGGGGUGUGCCGAACAAUUCUCUUUAUUUCUGCAAGGUGACAUGACAGGAAUGGCGGCUGAACACACUUUGCCAAGUGACCAUGCAAAUUGUAUUUUUCUACGGCAAUGUUCGAGCAACGCAAAUACGAAAUCCGUUAAGGUAUACCCGGCUUCAAUUUCAGGAAUAUAACCGUGCAUAGGGUAUAUAUUGUCAAAAAAGAAAGAAAAAAAAAAAAGACAUGUACAAUCACAACUGGACAAAACAAUACAAAUAAAAAAAAGAAACACUGUACAGCAGAUGAUAAAACUGUCCAAGACUAUUUCCUGCUGUAGUCUGUAAGUAAGUAUUUAUUGAUAUAACCUGCGUCUUUUCAACAUCCAAUUUUUGAUUCACCCUACGUCAUCAAACGCCACCGUCCUCCGGGGCAGGAAAAAAAGGCUUUUGUUUUGUAGUUUCAUUUUGUGUAGCUCGGCUUUGUAAAGUGGCCUUUUUUAUUUUAAUUUUAUAUGUGGGGCAAAAGUGGCACACCCCUAAUGUUCUACGAAGACUGUCAUUUCAAGAAAACAAAAUGGAGGAGUCUCUUUGUAUGCUUUCUGCACUUUUUUUUUUUUUUUUUAAUUAGAAGGCGACUUCAUGAGCUCUCAUAUAAAAGGAGAUUAUUAUAUUCAAAUGAACUUGGGUAUUCAUUCGUAAUAUAGAGUUAUCGAAAACAAAAUAAUCUUUAAGGAUAUUUGAAGUUUUGAUUAUGUUGUGUAAUAAUGCUAUUUUAGUCUAUGUACACCUAUUUUUAUACAAGCAUUGGCAGAUUCUCUAUCCCUUCUCAAGUUCAUUGUUUUGGAUUGCUAAGCACUUCUUGCACUAUAUUGACCUAUGUUGUUGUCAUCAAAUAAACAUGUCGGUUC